UUGGGUCAUAUAGUAUGAGGUUUAGCCUUCCUCAUACCAAUAACCCUGUCAAAUAGUUUCAAUCGUCGUCGUCCCACCGAUUAAAAAAAGGGUCAGACUGUGGACGACAAAUAUGAAGGCGAUGAAGGCAUCUUUGAAGGGCAAAUACGAGUACGAAACAGACAAGUCCACCACCGCCGCCACUUCCACCAUCGCAAUUCCCACCGGCGACUUCAAACUUCGCGCCUCCAUCACCGAUGCCACCUUUGUCAAAGGUCCUUCCUUCAAUGGCCUCGCCCUCUCACUUGAAAAGCCUGGCUUCUUCAUCGUCGACUAUAAUGUCCCCAAAAAGGAUUUUCGAUUUCAGUUCAUGAAUUCAGUUAGGGUUUUAGAGAAGCAAUUGAAUAUGACUUACAUUCAUAGUAAGAAUGAUAAUCGGACUAUUUUGGAUGGUACUUUGGUAUUGGAUUCUAGUAACAAGGUUUCUGCCAAUCAUAUGUUGGGUUCAACGAAUGGGAAAUUGAAGUAUACUUAUGUUCAUAAAGGUGUUACGACUUUUGAACCGAGUUAUGACUUGAAGAAGAAUUCUUGGGAUUUCGCUUUGUCUAGGAGGGUUUAUGGAGAUGAUGUUCUUAAGGCUUCUUAUCAAACCUCAAAUCAGAUUCUCGGGCUCGAUUGGUCCAGGACUUCUAAAACAAAUGGAUGUUUUAAGAUUUCAGCAAUCCUCGAUUUGGGUGAGGAAGUGAAAAGGCCGAAAAUAAUGGCUGAGAGCACAUGGAAUUUUGAAAUGUGAUUUAUUCGUGAAAGCUACCUCUUUUUACCUUUUGUAUUUUAUUUGCGACAAACAGCAAAUUCCUGUAACUGUGACUCCCAGAAUCCUAUUUCUUGAAAUGAAGGGGUUCUUUGCCAAGUACUACCCUCUCUAUUCUUACCUUGGAAAACAGGUUAGUGAAUUGGGAAAUAUCCUGUUAACUAAGGAUAGUACUAUGAUUUUGAAUGUGUGAUUUUGCAUUUGA